AGAACCAUUACUUUAAAUGCUUUGAAGAAUUAAUGUUCAUAUUUAUAAGUUCAAUGGAUAAAAGUCGGUCAGCAGUUGUGAUUUAGCUGUAGUCAUGAAAUUUUGGCUUUUAUUCUUUAGCACCACGCUCAUAUUUCACUGUAUGAGAUGCGAGGAGCGAAACUUUCGAGUUUACAUCAACGAAGUUAACAUUACACAUUUAGAUACGGAUUUGUAUGAAAAAUUCGAGUGUAAGGUAUACCAAGUGGAUAAUCGCACCUAUAUGGACUCGAUUCAUAUUUUCAAACGCACGGUUGAUGAUAUUACCGUGCAUGCCGCCCUGGAUUUUUGGAAGUUAAACAGCAAACAGAAAAUGAAAUUAUAUGACGUUGAGUUUGAUGGAUGUUACAUUCUGGAAAAUGCUAACAAGAACCGAUUGUUCAAUAUGUACGUACAAAAUUUGAAAAAGCAUGCAACCGUUAAAUUCAAAUGCCCCUUUCGACCUAAUGUGAGCUAUGAAGUUAAGAACUUGACGAUGAGCGAGCAGGAUUUCCCUUCGUUUGUACCUCUCGGAAAAUUUCGAUCCCUAAUUGAGUAUUACACAAAUCAAAAACUGAGGGCGCGAGUCAUCGCAAGCGGUAAAAUUUUGCCGUACUCAACUGACCCGUUUAAAGUACUAGAAUGAUGAAUUUAAAAUGUAUCAACAAACUAAGCAAACUGCUCGAGGUUAUUAUGGCUUUGCAAGAAAUUUGUUUGUUUUAAAAGGAAAGAUUGUUUAUAAGCGAAUUUCCUCAUCCCUAAAAUAUAUUCAACAGGGUCAAUAUUAUAUACAUAUAUACACAGUCAAUAUUUUAUAUUAUAUAUGUAUAUAUGGAGCAAUGUAUGCAUAAUUUCUUGUAUUAUAUAUACUUAAGCCCAAAGGUUAGAAAAUUGUGAAGACCUAUGAUAUAUGUAUUCUUGCAAU